AUGGACGGAAACUUUACCAAUGUGACGUCAUGGUGCGGGGAAGAGGCAGACGACAUGAGCAACAGAACACUAUUUGAAGUUACCGUGUAUAGUUUACCAUUUGUUAGGAUCGGAAUCCCAAUAAUCAUCCUCCUUGUCAGCGUCGUCGGACUUGUCGGCAACAUCCUAGUGAUAUACGUCAUCAUAAAGUUAUGGCGGAUGAACAUCCUAUUCCUGAACCUCGCCACUGCGGAUCUCCUGUUCCUUAUUUUCUGCGUACCCAUCCAAGUGCUCAUGUACGCCACUAAGAAUGAAUACGUCUUGCCGUCGUGGACGUGUAAAUUGUUCUACUAUCUCACCUACGUCACGAUGGGAGUAAGCAUAUACUCCUUAGUGUGUAUAUGUGUAAUACGUUACAUCGCUGUCUCCAAGCCGCUUGGUUCAAGGAGCAUCCUGCAUCCUAAAACAAACGCUGCUAUUGUUUCAGGAAUUAUAUGGAUGUUCACUGGAAUAAUCAACAUUCCGUUAAUUUUGUACUCGGGAGUUCGCUGGGGACCUUGUAUAAUAAACACAGAGUAUAACUGGCAGUAUGCCGUAUACAUUGUAUUGGUGGUUGGAUUUGAUUUUUUCAUACCGUUUGCUGUUGUGGCCACUCUCUCCAUGUUAAUCAUAUGGAAGGUCCAGAAGGGCCAAACCAAGCGUAUGGCGCUGUCUCUGCGGAAGGCUUCACCACAUAUCCAAGCUUCCAGCAAGCGGGCAACGCAACACGUCGUUGUCAUGGUGAUAGUGAUAACUGCUGUUUUCGCCCUUUGCAACUUGCCGAAUCAUAUAUUGCUCUUACUUCUAGCAACAGACGCCGUGGAUAUAAGCUGCGCUCCACAGGCCCUGAAAGUGUUUGUUGUUCUGUUGCAAGUGCUUGGGAUCUCAAACUGCAGCAUCAAUCCCUUUCUGUAUAAUUUUGCUUCGAGUGAAUUCAGAAAGGAAUUUGUUAAGGCGUUGAGUUUACGUCGACACAAACAUUAG